AUGAGUGACUGGAAACAAGAGGCCGAAUCCGCCGCUUGGAACAAUGGUGGUGACCAGGCAGCCGGAGCCUGGAAUGAUGGCGGUGACGGCUUCGAAGGAGGUGAUCCCAACAACAUGGUAGUUGAAGCAAAUAAUGGUGACGCAAAUGGUGAUACCUGCCGCAACUGUGGACAGUCCGGCCAUUUCGCCCGCGAAUGUCCCGAACCAAGAAAGCCUACUGGAGCUUGUUUCAACUGCGGUCAAGAAGGCCAUAACAAGAGCGACUGUCCAAACCCCCGUGUUUUCACCGGUACCUGUCGUAUUUGUGAGAAAGUGGGGCACCCGGCCGCUGAGUGCCCAGAACGUCCACCAGAUAUCUGCAAGAAUUGCAAGGGUGAAGGCCACAAAACCAUGGAAUGUACUCAGAACCGCAAGUUUGAGCAGCAUAAUAUCCCUGACAAGCUCCCAGAGGAAGCACUAGGUAUCUUGAAGAAGGCUAGCAAGGAGAGAGAUUUGGAAGAUUUUCGUGAUGGAUUGAAAAUCUACAGCAAGGCCGUUCCCCUUGCUACCUAUGUUGACAUCGAAAAGCUGUUGCGUCAGGAAAAGCUCAACGUCUAUUUGAUAGGCCUUGAGCGUGAAAUUGGUGAUUGCCAUACCGUUGUGAACCUCCAGGGAAAACUCAAUUGCAAGUAUGUUAUCGGUAUCUACUUCAGCGAUAAACCUCAGCGUAUCAACCUCAAGGAGCGCUGGCCUGCCUCCCCUGAAGAGAACCUCGAACGUCUCGCCGAGGCUGGCCUUCCUCUCGAUCGCCAGGUCCCCAAGUGUUCUAACUGCGGCAAAAUGGGCCAUAUUAUGAAGAGCUGUAAGGAGGAGCUUUCUGUCGUCGAACGUGUGGAGGUCAAGUGCGUCAACUGCAAACAGCCUGGCCACCGUGCUCGUGACUGCAAAGAAGCUCGUGUUGAUAGGUUUGCUUGCCGUAACUGCGGAAAAGGCGGUCAUCGUUCAACCGAGUGCCCUGAGCCUCGCUCUGCUGAAGGAGUUGAAUGCAAGCGUUGCAAUGAAGUUGGCCAUUUUGCGAAAGAUUGUCCUCAGGGAGGUGGUUCGCGUGCUUGCCGCAACUGCGGGAGCGAGGAUCAUAUCGCCAAAGACUGUGACCAGCCUCGAAACAUGGCGAAUGUUACCUGCCGAAACUGCGAAGAAAGUGAGUAUAAUCCAACGUAUAUGAAGGUUCCAACAAGCGGUCAUCAACUAAUGUAUAUAUCAGUGGGUCACUUUAGUCGCGAUUGCACCAAGAAGAAGGACUGGAGCAAGGUUAAAUGCAUGGGCCACACUAUUCGUCGCUGUCCCCUACCGGCUGAAGGCGCCAAUGAUGAAAACGGCGGCAACGGUGGAGGUUUCUACAACGAGGCGCCAGGCUCAGCUGCAGUUCCGGUUUCUGGAGGUAACGUUAUGGAGCCCGAAGCCGCUUGGGGAGGUGGUGCAAACGCUGGCGCUGGCCCAGGCUGGUGA